UAAUAGUCAUAGUAUAGUAGGCCUUUGUUAUACAAAAUCAUACUAUAGUGCUUUAUAAAAUGUCAUGAAAAAGCCUUAGUAUAUUGUUUCAUAAAAAGCCAGAAUAUAGUAUGUCAAAAGAUGUCAUCAUUUUCUUUAAAAUAUAGUAUUGUUUUUAAAAAAGGAGUAAUUAAAGAUUCAUAGUAUAGGGUCAUAAAUAGUCAAAGCAGAGAAUGUCAUGGAAAAGUCACAGUAGAGUAUGUCACAAUAGUAUGUCAUAAAGAUAGUGAAUACUAUGUACAGUAACCCUUAUUUACUGUCAGUGGAGCAGUUUGAUUCUCUGAUAUAAAUAAUACUACUUAUGCAAAGAGACAGAGCUGGCUGCAUCAGGGUGAAUAUGAGUCUCACCCUUAACCUGGUAGACAUUAGGACCCAGGGAGGAUUGGGCUCUGGGAAGGGGGACAGUAGAGUGUGUGUCUAUUUGAAAGCAAAAAAAAAAAAGAAAAGAAAAGAAAAACACAAUCACACACAAUACAAUGUGUGACAGUCACUGCCAUACACAGCACAGGACAGGAAUGAGAGUGUUAUUGGAGGAUGGGGUGAAGAGAGAGGAAGCAUCAUUUAUCAUGAAAGGUCCUCAUGGAAUCAAUAUUUCUUUAACUGGAUGUUUACCUCUGGACCUCUGUAGCCUCUCUACAGAAUAACUGAACCUCAGACACUGAGUGCUCUGGAUCUGAUUAUUUGGAUUUACAGUUGGAGGACUGACAUUUUACUUUUUGGAGAAAAAUAAAAUAAUUGAAGCUGGUUCAGGCCUACUCUAUCUAAACAUGUGGGAUCUCAAUUGGAGCUUUGUAAAUUCAAACACCUGGUUAACCUGUUUGGUCUGAACUGACACACAGAGUAGAUCAUGGGGACAUAUAAAGACAUCUGAAAUACAAAUGGAGGAUUUUGAAUGAAUAAUGGCAGAUAAGACUGGUCCCAUGAUAGCCUCUGUGCAGGUUCACUCACCAACUAAUCUCACCACGUCCCUAUGGGAGACCAAUCCUACAGUUCCUGCCGGUGUGAGCGUCGUCACAAGCUCCCAGUCUCAGAUCAAAGACCUUUUUGGGUUGUUCUGCAUGGUGACCCUUAACCUCAUUGCUUUGUUGGCCAACACUGGUGUGAUGGUGGCCAUUGCCCGUGCUCCUCACCUGAAGAGGUUCGCUUUCGUGUGCCACCUUUGUGCAGUGGACCUGCUGUGUGCCAUCCUCCUCAUGCCUUUGGGUAUCAUAUCCAGCUCAGCGUUUUUUGGCACUGUGGUGUUUACUGUUCUGGAGUGUCAGGUUUACAUUUUUCUCAACGUUUUCCUCAUCUGUCUCUCCAUUCUAACGAUCACAGCCAUCAGUGUGGAGCGUUACUUCUACAUCGUACACCCCAUGCGCUAUGAAGUCAAGAUGACCAUCAACCUCGCCAUUGGUGUCAUGCUUUUAAUCUGGGUCAAGUCAGUCCUCUUAGCUUUGAUCACGCUGUUUGGAUGGCCAGCUUAUGGACAUCAGAGCUCUAUUGCUGCAGCUCACUGCUCUCUUCAUGCGAGCCACAGUCGUCUAAGAAGUGUAUUCGCUGUGUUCUUCGGUGUGGUUUGUUUCCUGGUUCCUGCAGUGGUUAUCUUUGCUGUUUACUGUUCCGUGUACAAGGUAGCUCGUUCUGCAGCCCUGCAGCAAGUCCCUGCUGUGCCAACGUGGGCAAAUGAAAGCCUUGCUAAGAACCGCUCAGACUCUAUCAACAGCCAGACCACCAUGAUCACUACCACCCGUACUCUGCCACAAAGACUAUCUCCAGAAAGGGCCUUCAGUGGAGGAAAGGCUGCCCUUACUUUGGUGUUCAUUGUGGGUCAGUUCUUUGUUUGUUGGUUGCCCUACUUCAUCUUCCACCUGCAAAUGUCCCUGACUGGCUCCAUGCACAGCCCCGGAGAUUUAGAGGAGGCAGUCACCUGGCUGGCCUACUCCUCCUUUGCAGUCAACCCGUUCUUCUACGGCCUUUUGAACAGGCAGAUCAGAGAAGAACUGGUAAAGUUCCGGCGCUGCUGCUUGACCCAGCCGGCGGAGUUUGGGACAUCCAGCCAUGAGGGCUCCCUUCAGGAGAACUUCCUCCAGUUCAUCCAGAGAAACACCAGCACAGCUGAAACCACAUCCAGCACUGCCAACUCCCGUCCCAGAAACACUAUGGAUCCGGGCAUAAAGAUCCCUGGACAAAUACCUGAGGAGCACGCUUAGACACGGACCAAAUGAGUUAUGGACCACAGUGCUAAAAUGUAGACCGUGUCAGUUAUUUUUGUAAGCGGGUCAUUUCUUCCUAACGAAUAGGUUCACAUCACAAGUCUAUCUUAAAACAAUACUGACAUGCCCAUGUGUACAUUGAAAUGAUUAUUGGUCACGUAAAUCAUUUCUCCUACGUAGACUGGCCACAAAGAGAUUCCUUCUUUUAGUGUGACGGAGGACAAAAUCUUUGUUCUUUGCAAAAAUCCACACUUGAUUUGAAUAACUCAGCUUUCUUUCUUUUUUGUUAUUGUUGCAUGAAACAUGAACUGCGGAUUUUGUCUGCCAUCAUUUACAUUACAACUGCUUUAAGGGAUCUCUCAGUUGCCAAUGAGGACAAUUGGAACAAUUGCAGCAACCAAUAAUUUGUUCAAUCCGUAUACGGACAUAUCAGUAUUGUUUUAAGAUGGACUUGAGCAAAUGUGACGCUAUACUUUAAAUACUGUACAUUUUGCCUAUUACUAUACGUCAAGGUACUAUGGUUGUAAGAAAUAUUGAAAUAGUGAUAAAUGUCCCCCUGUGCAUAUUUUCCAUUCAUAUUACAAUUGACCUGAUUUUAAUGUUCAUAGAAAAUGCUAGUUUAUAAAUGUGAAACGGUCAUGAUAGAUAUUUUUAAUGUUUAACUGUAUGUAAUUAGGAGCAAUUUGCAUUCCAUACAAACAUGAGUUGGUUCCACUGUAUUUUGCAUGUAAAUAACUCCGUAUAUUCAAACAGGGUCUGAGUCUGUUGAAUUCAGUCAAGCACUGGAGGUAAAUGUAGCCCUGCAGUGGAAUAACUAACACGGUGGCCUGCGCUGUGUGACAAGCUCCCAUGAAGCUGACGGACAACAACUCAGAGUUCCCGUGUGCAGCAGAUAUGCUAAAAGACAGUGAAUGUCAUCUGCCGCUGUCGUCAUGGAAAUUGAGUGAGCCUGUGACUCACAUAGCAACAAGCACCUUUAGACUGGAUGUGCUUUAACUUUUAACAUCUGAUUGAUUGAUCUACUAAUGCUGUCUUGUGCCUGCUUGUCACACGCAGACUGAGUAUGCGAUGUCUAUAUGUUGAGAAGGGCUAUAAUAGUGGUAUGGAUACGGUGAGGCAGACACGGUGAAUUUACAAUGGAAAUCACUACUGGACAUUGAUAAUGCUCAGAGAGUGGUAACAAAGUGCUGUUUUAUGGCCUUUGCUGUUUGCAUUAGUCUUUCACAAACAGCGGUCAUGGCAAAUAAAGAACAAGGUGGUCAAAGCAAAUAACUGCAAACACCAUUUUGCUGUAUGGCUGUAACUAACUGGAGUGUACACCGCUCUUACAGAACUGCGGUUGCGUACUUAAUACUUUGCGGUGAAUCCUGCUCUCGCUCUCUCACCAGGAUGUGUGUACAUAAACUGACACACAACACGGAAACAUGCUGUGAGCAUUUUGUAUCAAUACAUGUGUUUGUUUCUC